CAGAAGCAGCGGCCGGAGGCUCGGAGCAGCGGCCGAGGGGCGGGCGACUGGGGCGGUCGACUUGGGCCGCGGCCUGGGCGGAGUCGGAGCCAUGGAGCCGCCGCUGCCGGGCUAGGGAGGGCUGGCGCCGCGGGGCCCGCGGCGAUGGCGGGCUACGCGCGUCGCCCCGGCGUCGCCCCGCUGUCCCGGGCCCGGAGCCUCGUCAUUCCGGACGCUCCCGCGUUCUAUGAGCGCCGGUCUUGUCUCCCCCAGCUAGACUGUGAGCGCCCCCAAGCCAGGGACCUGGAGUCCCACUUCUUCGGCAUUCGGCCGACGUUUAUGUGCUAUGUGCCCAGUCCGGUGCUAGCUUCCGUGGGAGACACAGAUUUGGGCUAUGGAAAGGGGAAAGGCACUAUGCACGGUCCAUCAGGAGCCCAGAACACACACUUUGGAGGUGAGAAACUUGGAGAUCUUGAAGAGGCAAAUCCAUUCUCCUUUAAAGAGUUUCUGAAAAGCAAGAACCUUGGCCUGUCGAAAGAGAAUACUGACAGCAGAAUUUAUUCAAAGGAAGCCACGAGGCACUCGCUGGGACUCGGCCGCAGCUCCCCCACCUCCCAGGCCAUGGGGUAUGGCCUGGAGCAUCAGCAGCCGUUUUUCGAAGACCCGACGGGGGCUGGCGACCUCCUGGACGAGGACGAGGACGAGGACGAAGGGUGGGACGGGGCCUACCUGCCGUCUGCCGUGGAGCAGACCCACUCCUCCAGGGUUGCCGCCAGCACGUCGCCCUGCAGCACCUAUGUCUCCUUUUUCUCCAACCCGUCGGAGCUGGUGGGGCCUGAGUCUCUGCCUCCGUGCAUGCUGAGCGACUCCGACUCCCGCGUCUCCCCAGCCGGGAGCCCCAGCACCGACUUCACAGUCCACGGAGAGUCUCUGGGGGACAGGCACCUUCGGACACUGCAGAUAAGUUACGAAGCACUGAAAGAUGAAAAUUCUAAGCUAAGAAGAAAGCUGACCGAGGUUCAGAGCUUCUCUGAAACUCAAACAGAAAUGGUGAGGACGCUGGAGCGGAAGUUAGAAGCGAAAAUGAUCAAGGAGGAGAGUGACUACCAUGACCUGGAAUCGGUGGUGCAGCAGGUGGAGCAGAAUCUGGAGCGCAUGACCGUGAGCAGACAGGCGCCUGGCUCGCAGUGGGGCAUGGGCGGGGCCAGCCUGGCUGGACACUGUCGGUGUCUGCUGUGUCACUCCCCACAGGGCACUGAGUCCUGCCCCGGGGGCACAUGGGUCUGGGUGGGCCCAGGCAGGCCGGCAGUGAGCAGGGCCCCUCACAGUGGGCUGCCCAGCCGGGGCCGCCAGAAACGGGCAGUAAAGGCCGAAAAUCACGUCCUAAAACUGAAACAGGAAAUCAGCUUGCUCCAGGCGCAGGUCUCUAACUUCAAGCAGGAGAACGAAGCCCUGCGGUCAGGCCAGGGUGCCAGCCUGGCAGUGGUGAAGCAGAACACCGACGUGGCCCUGCAGAACCUGCGCGUCGUCAUGGACAACGCGCGUGCCUCCGUCAAGCAGCUGGUUUCUGGAGCUGAAACAUUGAAUCUUGUUGCUGAAAUCCUUAAAUCUAUAGACAGAAUUUCUGAAAUUAAAGAUCAGGGAGAGGAGUCUUGAGACCCACGGAGGUGCUUCCAGCUCACAGCUCUGUUUACAUCCUGAAACCAUUACCUGAUGGAUUGCAACAUGCCACCAUGUCUCUGAACGUGCAGUCUUCACACACAGUAAAGAUACCUAUCACAAGAUACUAAUUUCACGGCCUGGAACAGUAUCGUGAGCCGCACACAGGGAGGAGCAGCCCCUGGAUGCGAGAGCCGCACCUGUGCUCCGUGUAGCCCUCCUUGGUGAGCUACGGGCGCUGAUCAUCUGCUGGAAGACACUUCUAUAAAAGCCGGUGCUUUUUCUUAGAGUUACUAAACAAAAACAGCAAUUCUGUGAUGAGUGUUUUCCAUUGUCAUUCUAGAAUAUGAACUGUAAGAUAAGUUCAGUUGAUCGUCUUUGCUUUCGUAAGUAGAGAAAAACACUAAAUGAGUCACAACGUAAGCGCUCACCUCAAACAGGGACCUGUGCCUUACUGGCGGUGCUCUGCACCCCCUCUGGCUCACAGCCCACUCCUUCAGCUUCGGGGUGGGGGUGGGGGCUCCUGUGGUUGGUGACCUGAGCGUGGAUGCCCCACGAGGUGGUUGCCAUUAUCUUCCCGCAGGGAUCAAGGUCAGCACGGGCACUCCACGGUGGGGCGCCACCUAAGUGCACUGGAAGGAAAACUGGCUUUGGCUGGAGGGUUUUGGUACGCAUUCCAAGCGGCAUCUUGGAGGAUGACAUGUAGGAUUCAGGGACUUGGAGGAUGGCAUGUAGGAUUCAGGGACUUGGAGGAUGGCAUGUAGGAUUCAGGGACUUGGAGGAUGGCAUGUAGGAUUCAGGGACUUGGAGGAUGGCAUGUAGGAUUCAGGGACUUGGAGGAUGGCAUGUAGGAUUCAGGGACUUGGAGGAUGGCAUGUAGGAUUCAGGGACUUGGAGGAUGGCAUGUAGGAUUCAGGGACUUGGAGGAUGGCAUGUAGGAUUCAGGGACUUGGAGGAUGACAUGUAGGAUUCAGGGACUUGGAGGAUGGCAUGUAGGAUUCAGGGACUUGGAGGAUGGCAUGUAGGAUUCAGGGACUUGGAGGAUGGCAUGUAGGAUUCAGGGACUUGGAGGAUGGCAUGUAGGAUUCAGGGACUUGGAGGAUGACAUGUAGGAUUCAGGGACUUGGAGCCGAGGCAGAGCCUUCCCAGGUCAGGGCGAUGUCUCCCCGGGUGCCUUUCCAAUCCCUUCCUGUUGGAGGGGAGGCGUAACAUGCACUAGAUGCCUUUUUGGCUGUUUUCCUACGGAUGUUAUUUUUUUAACUAAACGUCCUUUUUGCAUCCUGUUCAAAUUGACAGUUUUCUUAUUUAAUAAAUUCUAAAAUUCA